AUGUACGAGCUGUUCCUCACAGCCCUCGUUGAGGACAGCGACAUCAACACGGCCCUCGCUGUAUUGAGUGGCUUCUGCUCUAUGCAGCCAUGGGAAUCCGUGAGCCGAGUCAUUUAUUUCCAGGGUCCUCCUCGUCCGUCCGGAAUCACCAACCAGCGCUCCUUUGAGAAGCCUAUUCGCAAAGAGGCCGCCCUGCUCUGGAAGGAAUUGCAUCAGAAUCUUUCCCGCCAGUCAUUUGUCCUCCAGGCUCGCUAUGAAAUCUACAAGGAUCGAGACUUGGGUCCUUCUGCCGAACCAGUUGAUCUCGACACCGUGCCAGGCAUCCUGAGAUGGACAGACUUUCCAGAUCCCCCUCGGAAUCAGCCGAUUCUCGCUCAACGCAAAAAGGUUGAGCUUUGGGAACAGAGAAAACUACUCUCUGUAUUGCGAGAAAAUAACCAUCAGUACAAAACAGAGACAGUAGAAGAGAUGCACUACUUUGUCGGGCCGCUUGAGGACUAUGUUCCCCUUGCAGCCAAGUCGGCUCCCCCAACGGAACCGAAGCCUACUCUGCCAGCUUGGGAGUCUCUCACACGGGUUGAUUCGCAGAAUCGCUGGAUUCUCCAGGUCAAGGCGCACGUCGUUCAAGAUAACAAGCCAGAUGAGAUAAAGAAGGCGCAAGACCAGCUUUUAAAGUUUCGCACAGAUCUAGAAGGCGUUUUCGAUUUCAAAGUCAUUGACCGAAAAGUACACGACACUCGAGUGGUCAUGCAGCAGCAGGGCGUUCAGGUACUCCCGCAGAAAGUGCUUCUGGGGAAGUAA